AUGAAUAAAUUUGAUUCGAAUGCUGAUUCGGAUAUUUCAAACUUUCCCAAAAAUGAUAAUGAAUUUAAAAGUAAUAAAUUAUUAUCAACAAUUGAGAAUACAAAUAAUAAUAGCAUUAAAGUUUCAAGAAAAAGUGAGGAUAACGAAAUGGAGAAUAUUAAAGAUGAAAAUUAUGAUGAACAAAAUAUGAAAUUAAAACAUUCAAAUAAAAUAAAAGUUGAGGAAGAAGAAGAAGAAGAAGAAGAAGAAGAAGAGAAAAGUUAUAGUAAUAAUAAAUCCUCAGAAAAUGAAAAGAGAAAAGUUAUUACUGAUUUACUUUCUUCACUUAAUAAAAUUAUAACUAUUUCAUCUGAAAUAUAUGAAGAAUCUAGUGAAUUAAAUAAUGAUAAUGAUUAUAAUGAAAAUGCCUUCUUGAAAAGAAGAACUUUAAAUUCACAAAGGUUUAAUAGUCGAAAUAAAAAGAGGAGGUUACGAAAUAAUAAUAUUAAAGAAAAUAAUUCAAUUCGAAUUCCACAUAAAGCAAAUAUUAAUUAUCUUUUACAUCAUACAGAUGAAAAUAAAGAACAACAAUCCUCAAUAAACCAUCACAUUGAUAGUGAUAAUGAUAGUGAUGAAAGUAUAACUUUAGAUGAAAUAGAAAAUAAUCUUCCAAUAAACUCUAAAGAUAAAGAACAAAUAUAUAGAAAUAUUGAUGAUUUAGUAGAAAGAAAUGAAAUAAUAUUACAGAAGAAAAAUAAACUACAACGGCAUAAAAUAAUUAAAUAUAAUUCAAUUACUAAUGGGAAUAAGGAUAAUUUACAAACUAAUAUUAAAUCAAACAAUGCAAAAGAAAUAAAGUAA